AUGCACAAUUUGGCACAUUAUACAGUGCCAGGCAAAUGUAUGAAAGGAACUGCAUUCAUACACCUACAGCCUGCUGUGCCAGUAAACGACCGCAUGAACUCAGCGUGCAGGCCGGAUCAGCUUCCAGGUAUUGGAUACUUCAGCCGCCUUGCCAUUCCUAAUGUGGUGGGGCAACUCGGCGUAAGUGCAAGCGUCCAGGUGGCGUUUUGGACUUGCUGGCACCAACCGCUUCAUCGUUGUUCAUUGAUAGUGUAUUUACUACCGGAAUUGGGGUUUCAAUUUUAA